AUGAAAAAAGAAAAUGAAACUAGUACUCAAGAAUUUGUCCUCCAGGGAUUCUCCAUCGUUGUUAGAGAACUACAAGUUGUACUUGCCUUCAUCACGAUCUAUGUAUUGACACUAGCAGAGAAUACAGUCAUCAUCAUAACAGUCCACAUUAGCUACUGCCUCCACACCCCUAUGUACUUCUUCUUGAGCAAUCUCUCCUUUCUGGAGAUGUGUUAUAUUACUGUUACUAUGCCUAAAAUGCUUAGCAGCUUACUGACAGGAUGCAAGAUCAUCUCUUUUGAGGGGUGCAUAGUCCAGCUCUACUUUUUCAUUGCUUUAGCCUGCACUCAGUGUGUGCUUCUGGCUGUCAUGGCUUAUGACCGCUAUGUGGCUAUAUGCAGCCCCUUGCUCUAUUCAACCAUCAUGACACGUGAACUUUGCUUUUGCUUAGUAGCUGGCUCUUGGGUGGGAGGUUUUACUAGCUCCAUGCUUAAAGUAGUCUUCAUCUCACAUCUGAAUUUCUGUGGCUCAGUUAUCAACCACUUCUUCUGCGAUAUCUCACCCUUGCUAAACCUUGUCUGUAUGGAUAUGUCAAUGGCAGAGAUAGUGGAUUUUAUCCUGGCAUUGAUCAUGAUCCUUCUACCUUUGCUUGUGGUGGUGACCUCUUACUUCUGCAUAGCUGCUACUGUAGUGCGGAUCCCCACAGCUCAGGGAACGUGGAAAGCUCUCUCCACUUGUGCUUCCCAUUUAGUAGUUGUUGUCAUCUUCUACUCUACUACUCUGUUCACCUAUGCCCGACCUAAGGCCAUGAAUGCCCUUGACUCUAACAAGCUAGUGUCAGUUCUGUACACAGUUGCAGUACCUUUCUUCAACCCUAUCAUUUAUUGUCUGAGGAACCAAGAUGUCAAAGAAGCACUAAGAAAAACCUGCUCAAGCAGGGUCACCUGGAGCAUGGUGUCCAGGACAGUGUGUCCAUGA